GUUUAGUGGUUUCCUUUUAACAGUCCUCUUUUCUUUUCCCCAAAGUUGUCUCAGGUUCAUGGAGCCACAGAAUCUAACAGGUGUCUCUGAAUUUCUCCUCCUGGGCUUCUCUGAUGAUCCAGAACUUCAGCCCUUCCUCUUUGGGCUCUUUCUGACCAUGUACCUGGUCACUGUACUCGGGAAUCUACUCAUUAUCCUGGCUGUUACCUCUGACUCCCAUCUCUACACUCCCAUGUACUUGUUCCUCUCUAACCUGUCCUUGGCUGACAUUGGUUUUACCUCCACCACUGUCCCCAAGAUGCUUGUGAACAUCCAGACACAGAAUAAAUCCAUCACCUAUGUGGGCUGCCUGACACAGGUGUUCUUUUAUUCCAGUUUUGGAUGUCUGGACAGUCUUCUCCUAACUGCAAUGGCUUAUGACAGGUUUGUGGCCAUCUGUCACCCCCUACACUACAUAGUCAUCAUGAAUCCCCGCUUAUGUGGCUUGCUGGUUUUUAUAUCUUUUUUGAUCAGCCUUUUGGAUUCUCAGCUGCACAUUUCAAUGGUGUCACAACUCACCUUCUGUGAGAAUGUGGAAAUCCCUAGUUUCUUCUGUGACCCCCCUCAACUUCUCCGCCUUGACUGUGCUGACCCCUCCACCAGUACCGCAUUGCUGUACUGCAUUAGUGCCAUCUUUGCUGCUGUUCCAGUCUCAGGGAUCCUUUUGUCCUAUAUGAAAAUUGUAUCUUCUAUUUUGAGAAUCCCAUCAUCAGGUGGGAAAUACAAAGCCUUUUCCACCUGUGGCUCCCACCUGUCAGUUGUUUGCUUAUUUUAUGGGACAGGUAUUGGAGUGUAUAUCAGUUCAGCUGUCUCGUCUUCCUCCAGGAAAGGUUCAGUGACCCCAGUGAUGUACACAGUGGCCACCCCCAUGCUGAACCCUUUCAUCUACAGCCUGAGAAGUAGGGACCUCAGCACAGCCUUGCAGAGGCUCCUCAGCAGAAUAAACUAA